CUGACGCUGCUUACCGACUCAAGUCGGUCCUUGUAACCGGUUUUGAUCCAAAAAUAUAAGUAAAAUCCCUGUCAAAAUGAGUACUAUGUUUGCAGAUACAAUACUAAUUGUGUUCAUAUCUGUGUGCACGGCUUUAUUAGCGGAGGGUAUAACAUGGGUUUUGGUGUACCGAACAGACAAGUACAAAAGACUAAAGGCGGAGGUGGAGAAACAAAGUAAAAAGUUGGAGAAAAAGAAGGAAACUAUCACAGAAUCUGCUGGACGUCAGCAAAAGAAAAAGAUUGAAAGACAAGAGGAGAAGCUGAAGAAUAACAACAGAGAUCUGUCAAUGGUACGGAUGAAGUCUAUGUUUGCUAUUGGCUUCUGCUUCACAGCGUUGAUGGGGAUGUUCAAUUCCAUCUUCGAUGGACGUGUAGUGGCAAAGCUACCCUUUGUCCCACUGUCUUACAUCCAAGGCCUGUCACAUCGCAACCUGCUGGGCGAAGACUACACUGACUGUUCUUUCAUAUUCCUUUACAUUCUCUGCACCAUGUCCAUUCGACAGAAUAUCCAAAAGAUGCUGGGUCUUGCUCCCUCAAGAGCUGCCACCAAACAAGCAGGAGGAUUUUUGGGACCCCCUCCUCAGGCGGCCAAGUUCUCCUAAACAUUGGACAAUAAGCUCCUGAUUGUUGCCGGCUUUGCAUGGGGAAACAGCUUUUGUGCCCCCUGCUGGAGAGAAGAUAAACUUUCCAUUCUGUUAACAUGCUUCCCGUUGGGGGGAAAAAAAAAAAAUCAGUAUUGGACUUCAGCAACUACUACAGCCUGUUGCAGUCACUUUGUCGUCGUGUUCUAACAUCCUUUUAAUUUGAUUUCUCUGUAUUUUUUUAUUGAAAUUCCUAGAUUCCCUAAAUGUAGUUAUCGUAUGUGAGUAGGAUUUUAAUAUAAAAGUCCUCACAACCUGACAUUUUGAGGUGUUUUGGACAAGAGAUUUGUAAUAUAUUUCUUCAUAAGAGCCUAUUCAUUUUUGCCGUGAAAAUUGUUAUCUAAGGUGGCAUAAAUGUGAAUUCUGUGGUUAACCCAUAAUUCAUCUGUAAUCUCUAAGACAGAGGUGCCCUAGAGGGCCAAAGUCCCGCUGCUUUUCUUUGUGACCAACUACACAUGGUCUUUCAUUGGCUGAAGAGCACACUCACCUGUUUUUCAGAUAAAAAUCAGCCUAUAAUUAAGAGAUGAGAACUAAAAGCAGCAGGCUUUUGGUCGUCCAGGACUGAAUUUGGGCAUCUCUGCUCUAAACUGACAUCAGUAUGUCUGUCCACAUUAAGAGUGCAGUUUUGAAUCUAGAAGGAAACUCCUCUUGUUCUGAUUGAAUAACUCUACCACUGAGACCUGUUGUAUCACAUCUUUUAUAUAAAAUUGGAUUUAAAAUUCUAAAUUUCUGUGAACCGAUUACAUUUGUGAUUGUUUUAUUUAUUAUAGCUCCAAGAAGUACAAUAAAAGUAAC